GAUGAAAAUGGCUUAGAUUUGAGAGAGAGAGAGAGAGAGAGAGAGAGAGAGAGAGAUUCUACCACUCCUUAAAUGAAAAUGGCUUAGAUUUUAGAGAGAGAGAGAGAGAGAGAGAGAGAGAGAGAGAGAUGGGUGUGGCUACGGUGAGUGAAUUGAAGCCGAGUGUUUCGGGGAAGAGAUCGUUUCGGCCGAGUUCAAGCGCCCGACACGCUACGGAAUGGCCACUCUCUGAUGUUUCUAGCGAUCUUACAGUCGAAGUUGGAGCCACGAAAUUCUCACUACAUAAGUUCCCUUUGGUUUCUAGGAGCGGCAAGAUCCGAAAACUGUUGUCUGAAGCAAAGGAUACAAAACAGUCGAGGAUAACUUUUCAAGCUUUCCCAGGUGGCCCGGAAGCGUUUGAGUUAGCCGCAAAGUUCUGUUACAGUAUAGCCAUUGAUAUCACACUCUUAAAUGUAGCCAUGCUGCGAUGUGCGUCCCAUUAUCUCGAAAUGACAGAGGAAUAUGCCGAUAGGAACUUAGAAAUCCUCACUGAGAUCUAUCUCAAAGAAACUGUUAUCCCCAACAUCUCCAACUCGAUAAUUGUUCUUCAUCGUUGCGAAACUCUCUUACCCAUCGCAGAAGAAAUCAACAUGGUUAGUAGACUUAUCAAUGGGAUUGCAUCGAAUGCCUGUAAAGAGCAACUUACAUCUGGCUUAUCCAAACUCGAGCAUAACCUACCUGUCAGAACCUCAACCAUUGAAGCGGAGACUCCAUCGGAUUGGUGGGGUAAGAGCCUUACAGUUCUUAAUCUUGAUUUUUUCCAAAGAGUCCUAUCCGCUGUAAAAUCAAAGGGUCUAAAUCAGGACAUGAUUGGCAAGAUCUUGAUAAACUACUCUCAGAAUUCUCUUCAAGGUCUCAUGGUUAGAGAUGUCCAAUCGGUUAAAGGAAGCUUCCUGGACUUGGAAUUGCAAAAGAAACGGAGGGUGAUUGUCGAAGCAAUAGUUGGUUUACUACCUACCCAAUCAAGGAAAAGUUUGGUACCAAUCGCAUUCCUUUCAAGUCUGUUGAAAACUGCUAUAAUGGGCUCCGCAUCAGCCGCUUGCAGAGUGGAUUUAGAGAGAAGAAUUGGGUUGCAAUUAGACCAAGCGAUUCUCGAAGACAUCCUGAUUCCAGCAAUCCCGCUCGGUAACAACCACCCGUUGUAUGACACGGACUUAAUUUCAAGGAUCUUCUCCAUUUUCUUGAACUUGGAUGAGGAAGAAGAUGACACAAAUCAUCUAAGGGAUGAGAAUGACAUGAGCUUUGAGUAUGACAGCCCAAGGUCUCCUAAACAAAGUGUAAUUCUGAAGGUAUCAAAGCUCUUGGACACUUAUCUGGCAGAAAUAGCAGUAGACGCGAACUUGAUGCCAACAAAGUUCAUUGCUCUAGCUGAGUUACUACCUGACCAUGCCCGAGUUGUGAGUGAUGGAUUAUACAGAGCCGUCGAUAUUUUCCUAAAGGUUCAUCCCAAUAUCAAGGAUUCUGAACGCUACCGCCUCUGCAAAACCAUUGACUGUCAAAAGCUAUCCCAAGAAGCCUGCAGCCAUGCAGCUCAGAAUGAACGGCUACCAGUGCAAAUGGCGGUCCAAGUUCUGUAUUUUGAGCAGAUACGGCUUCGAAACGCCAUGAAUGGAGGACAUGCCCAGAUCUUCUUUGGGUCCACCAACAGCCACUACCCACAACGUUCUAGCAGUGGAGCCGCCUCCCCAAGAGAUAAUUAUGCAUCGGUGAGGAGAGAAAAUCGAGAGCUGAAGCUCGAAGUUGCAAGAAUGAGGAUGAGACUGACCGAUUUAGAGAAAGACCAUGUCUCAAUGAAACAGGAGAUGGUUAGAACAAAUCCCGCCAACAAGUUACUCAGAUCUUUCACUAGAAAACUAAGCAAACUCAAUGCUCUAUUCCGGGUAGAGUUUGGAAAAUCUAGUUCAGAAGCUCGGUUGCUGUUUCAGAAGCGGAGGCGACACUCUGUUUCUUGAAUCUAUGAAUGUAUAAGAGUGUAUAAAUAUCGUGAUUGUGUUAAGUUAUAGAUAACCUAGAGACCCAUCUUCGAUUGAAUUUCUAUUAUGGCUUCCAUCGAAGAGUUGCAAAGGUACUCGAUUGAUCUAGUGUAGCAAAUGAAUGAUUGUAGCCAGUGUUCAUAGUA